AACAGGGGCUGGCCUUGACGGAGAGGGGUAGUCAUGCCAGCUUUCAUAGUUCCUUUGUACGCUGUCAGAGCAGAGAUACGAGAAAGCACGUUGCUCUGACUCACACCAACAGACACACCGCGGACUCCUCGUGGUUGAGCCCGGCCGGCAUCAGACUACACACCGGGGCGACGGAGAGAGGAAGAACAGACAUAGAGAGGGAGAGAGUAAGCAAAGCGGGAAGCUUUGUGUCCCCGUCCCCGUCCCCCCCCCCAGAGUGAGGAAGAAGAAAGGGGGAACUUAGCCAACGAUGUCGGGGCUUAAGAAGAGAAAUUCAAAUUCCUUCGCGGAUAGGGAGGAGGACAAGCAGGUCACACAGAGGAUGCUGUCCCCGGGAAGCGGCGGGGAGAAGGGGGACCCCAACCAGGGUGGAACAUUGGGAAGCAACGCCAAGGGCCCCAACGGCACCGGAGGAGAGGGAGCGGAGGACGGGGUCGCCCUGAAGAGGACCAUCACCCUGUUGAACGGCGUGGCCAUCAUCGUAGGCACCAUCAUAGGCUCGGGCAUCUUCGUCACACCGACCGGCGUGGUGAGGGAGACCGGCUCGGUGGGUCUGUCACUGAUAGUGUGGUCGGUGUGCGGGAUCUUCUCCACGGUGGGAGCCCUCUGCUACGCGGAGUUGGGGACCACCAUCACCAAGUCCGGCGGGGACUAUGCCUACAUCCUGGAGGUGUACGGCUCCCUACCGGCUUUCCUCAAACUCUGGAUCGAGCUGCUCAUCAUCCGACCGUCCUCGCAGUACAUCGUCGCCUACGUUUUUGCCACCUACCUCCUCAAGCCCAUUUUCCCCGAGUGCCCGGUGCCGGAGACUGGGGCCAAGCUGGUGGCCUGCCUCUGCAUCCUCUUGUUGACCUUUGUGAACUGCUACAGUGUGAAGGCAGCCACCAGAGUGCAGGACUUCUUUGCUGCAGCCAAACUUCUAGCGCUCGGACUCAUCAUCAUUAUUGGCUUUGUCAAGAUUGGCCAAGGUGACACAGACGGACUUCUUCCAGAGAAUUCCUUCACGGGGUCCAAAUAUGAGUUUGGAAACAUCGGCCUGGCGCUGUACAGCGGCCUGUUUGCCUAUGGUGGUUGGAACUACUUGAAUUUUGUGACUGAGGAGAUGAUUGAGCCUUACAAAAACCUUCCCCGAGCCAUCAUCAUCUCUCUGCCCAUAGUGACAGUGGUUUACGUUCUGACCAACCUGGCAUAUUUCACCACACUCACACCAGAGCAGAUGCUCAACUCCGAGGCUGUGGCUGUGGAUUUUGGAAACUGCCACCUGGGUCCAAUGGCCUGGAUCAUCCCGGUGUUUGUGGGUCUGUCUUGCUUUGGAUCAGUCAACGGCUCUCUGUUCACAUCCUCCAGGUUAUUCUUUGUGGGUUCCCGGGAGGGUCACCUGCCCAGUCUGCUGUCAAUGAUCCACCCCACUCUGCUGACGCCACUUCCCUCACUUAUAUUCACCUGUUUGAUGACGCUGCUCUACGCCUUCUCCAACGACAUCUUCUCCGUCAUAAACUUCUUCAGUUUCUUCAACUGGCUCUGCAUCGCCAUGGCAAUAGUUGGGAUGAUGUACCUGCGUUAUAAGAAGCCCGAGUUGGAGCGACCCAUCAAGGUGAAUAUUCUGCUGCCGGUGAGCUUCGUGCUGGCCUGCCUCUUCCUCAUCGUCGUCUCCUUCUGGAAGACCCCGAAGGAGUGCGCCAUCGGCUUCGGCAUCAUCGGUACCGGAGUGCCUGUCUACUUACUGGGCGUGUGGUGGAAGACCAAGCCCAAGUGGCUGCUGCAUGGCAUCUUUUCGACCACAGCCAUGUGUCAGAAGGUGAUGGAGGUGGUCCCCCAGGAGUCCUAAACGGCCUCGCCUCUAAUUUCAGCCAGUGGCCAAUUGGAUUCCACCGAUCUCUGACAUCACAGCUGAUGAAGCUUGACCUCUAGUGAACCCUUUCAACCCAGUCUCUCUCUCUCUCCCUCUCUCUCUCUCUCUCUCUCUCUCUCUCACCCACCCCGUCUGCAGGGUGCUGAUAAGGCACCGAUGAAGAAGACAGACAUGCGCAGGUGUUUGAAGUUACCGUGUCUUUGAAACUACUUUUCUUUUGUUACGUUGCUGACAUUUUUGGGGUGUUAUGUUUAGAAUGGCCUAUUUUUAGUCACUAACUGUCCUUCAUAGGCUGUUAUGCAUUGAUGUUGUCCUUUCUUUUCUUUUCUUUUUUUUUUUACGAUAAAUUUCAAUGACUUGUCAUUUCUCUGUGAAUAAGUUCCUCUAAAAUAUCCUCCUUCAUGAGAAACCUGUUGCAUUUAGCAAGUUGUGCCUUAUGUGGCAGAUGAAGAACUGUUGGCUAUGACGGCAGGUGUGGCCGCUGAUGGCGUCCACCUGCAAACAGCUGUAAAGAGAGCUCUCGCAAGUCUGAAAUGAGCAACAAGGAGCUUUUAAAAAAAAAAAAAAAAAAAUCCUGAAAGCAUCCGUUUUUAAUCUGGAAAUAAGUUUUGCUUUCAAGUCGUUGCUUAGCAAGAUCAGUGUUCUCAGAUAUCCACGAAGCUUUUCCUCAGAAAAUGUUUAUGUUCUGCGGUUGUUACAAAUCUCUGGCACUUUUAGUUAAAAGUUUUGUGUUGUCUGUGUCGUUGCUCACCGUCCUAGAGUCCAGACUGAUCUAGCGUCUUGGUGUGGCUUAUCAGUCACUGUUAAGUCCAUGACCCUUCAGUGUGUGAGUUUCAGCCCUGCUCUUUCUCUGUCGUUUUUGUGUUUGUUUUUGUGUUUUUUUUUUUUUUUUUUUAGUUGUCUUAGCUGCUAUAGGAAGUGAGUGAAGCUAAAUGAAGAUCCUGGUGUGUUAAGAGAUGUUUCUGUUUUAUUUUGCUCUUCGUGGUAACCACACUGUUGAUAAAGGCUCGCUGCGGCCAGAUGGUCGGCUCCCGCGUGGGGAUGAAGUUCAGUUUUCUCCAGCAGCACUCGGCCUGUGACAUCAAUCGCAAUGUUCUUCUGUGGCUACAGAGGACCUUUGUCAAGUCUGGGAAAAACAGCCAUGAUGUCAUAGUGAUGUCACCAGGGGUUAUCUCAGCCUGGACUUCAAAUUUCUAACAGACAGAAAGUUUGAGUUAGAAACUGGCUGUGGGCUUUUACCAAGUAGGAGCGCUCUAAAGAGAAGACACGACGAUGAGAAGCGUAGGAAUCCAGUGAUUUUCGAUCGCAGGGUGACUGAUACAACAGGCUAAAAGUCACUAUUUCUCAGCCUGUGCUGCUUCCGUUUUGACCAUUCCUUUACUUUAUUUUUUUAAUCUGUUACAAAUCCACCAAUUUAUGCGAUUACUAAAUCACUGGAUUACCCAUUGAAGCUCACUUGUCUGGAUGUCAUGAAAACCUUUGAACUCUACGUCUUUCUUUAAAGGAACUGUUUCUAAAAGUAGAAGUUUUCCGAUAAGUUUAUUUUUGUUCAGAGCCUACGUGCAUUACAUAUUUAUCUCUAAAAAGCCUUACAGAGUUGUCGUGGUGGUUAACAUGAGCACGCCAUGUGCAACCUACUGAUGUCACCUCAAAAGGAUUUCUGGGUAUUGGGAGUUCAAUUGCUUUUUGACUUCAUUCUCAGAUCGUCACGUGUUCAGAUUGACAGAGGUGCACGUACCUGUGUGGGAAAGUUGUUUUGCGACCAUCACUGAAAAGUGGGUCAGAGUUGUGCUGUUUUCCUGCUGCCGACUGUUUUUUGGGUCAGUGAUCUCACUCUCACUUUUGGGAUCAAUAUUUCGGCGUAUUGAGCCCAGCUACCAGCGUACCAUUAAAACUCCAUCACACCGUGUUUCAGACGACAUCCUGUAAUAAAGCCAUGUAACUGUAACACACAUGGCGUCGGGUUAGGACUUGACGCUCUUCUUUUUUCUUUUUUUUUUUUAGUGUUGUGGAUGUCUGUCGUGUGUGUGUGGAUAUAUGAGUGUGUGUGUGUGUGUGUGUGUGCUUGUUGAGGUGGGUGGAUGGGUCGGGAGUAGUUGGGACUUGUGUUAUCUUCUUGGACACACACUGAUGAACUCAAACUUCCUCUGAACUAACAGGCAGUUGUGACAUUUACAUGUAAACAUUUCACUGUUCAACACUUUUUUUCUGCUAUAUUCUCUGUUACAAUUUCUUAUAUUUUAGUGUGUGUGUGUGUGUGUGUUUUUUGGGAGGGGUACUUAAUGUGGGUGGAAGGUAAGAGAGGAUCAAAUAAGCAGAGAGACAACCACAUGCCUCAGUCUAUGGGGAGAAAUGCUCGAGGGGAAACGGGACUGAGGAGAUUUGUUUUUUUUUUUCUUGAGGUGCAGAAGCAGCACAUUUUUCAGAUCACAAUAUGAACCGCUAGUUUUUAUUUUUCAUCCUCAUGUUUUUGUUUUUGUUUUGUUUCUCCACACACACAGUGACAGCUACGAAAACAAGAAAACGUUAGUGCUGUAUUAUUAACGUCUACCCUCCUCCUGCAACAGACCCAAAGUACAUGACUGUGGCGGCGUUGUUUCCGUAGAGACAGUGUGACCUCUGUAUGGAGGCGGUAGAGUUGUUGCCAUGGAGACAGGAUGCAGGAGGGGUUAAUGUGUAUGUUUUAGAGGUAGAACCUUUCUAACACUCCAGCGCAAAGCCGAUGGGGAAACUAACCUGAAUAGGAUUGUAGAAAGUUUAUUUAUUUAUUUUUAGGAAACUUUGUUGUUUAUUGUUUAGUCCCUCUAAUUUGUUUACAGGGCAUUUUGUGGAAGUGCUUUACAAAUAAAUCUUGAGUUUUUUUUCCA